AUGCCUGAGUCACAAAAUGCCCGUAAGUCAGUAUCACUGCUCCAGCAUCUUUUCAUCCAAGCCGGUUUCCUUGGGUGUGCCCUUACCUGCAGUCUCCACUUUCUCCACAUGGGGUCGCCGCAGAGUUGGCUAUGCUUAAUGCAGGCUGGCUCGCAGCAAUACUGCGGCAUUUGCAUCAGUCUCAUGACGUGUGGCCCAGGCCUGCUGCUGCCCAUGCGGUGUAGGAUACUGUUUAUUACCUUUGCUGUUACUGUCAUAGCGGCCAUAUCUCAACAGCACUUCCUGUCUGCAACUGAAGCACUGAGGUUUUGGACAUCUCUGACUAUCUGCUACACUCUGCUGGGUGUACAUAGUGUGACAUUCAGGUGUGUUCCUCAUUAAUCGGAGGAGCAGCACAGUCUGCAACCUAGUAAAGCGGUCCUGAAUGCAGUAGUGGUACGUCUUGGUGGUUUGAUGGUCCUGAUGCUGACUGUUGGACACUGGGUUGACGUGUUCCAUUUGGUGUAUUUCCUUAGUGAGGUCAAUUGCCUCAUCCCCACAACCGAUCUUCUGGAUGCCACCUUCUUGCAAGUCAGUGAUGUACUAGUUUCCAAAAGAACCAUACAGGGGAAAAGUACAAAUAUUCACACUAAUACACAUUUAUAAUGGUCUCUGUAAAAUCAUGAUCCAGACCUUCAGU